AUGAGCGCGCCCAAGAAAGGCGGCGGAUGGGGCUCGCUGUUCUCCGGUGCCGUCGCCAACCUUGAGUCACGUUUGGAUACAAUUCUGGCCGAGGACCCCGACGCCUCUGCAUCUGCGUCUGCAUCUGCCUCUACUACAGCUUCGGCCGAAGCGACUGCCAACAAGCCCAAUCGCCCGCGGACCAACUCGGGAAGACUGGCACCGGCCUCCAAUGCCGCCUCUGCCGCGGGAUCGCGAGAUGCGUCGCGGACCAGAGUCAAUGAUCGACUCGCGGAGAGACUGGCCAAGGCGACACAGCAGAAGUCUCCAUCUCGAGUUUCGACUCCCGUCAACGAUGCUGGAAGUGCGAGGAAUAGCGUAGAUGUGAAGCGCCCUGUCGAUGCUUCUCGAUCUGUGUCCGACAUAGUUGAGCAGAGUGUAACGGAGACGGAGACGGCCGUGGAGGUACAUGCAGACGGCAAAGCAGAUACCGACAAGGUGGGUGUGGAUACGGAAGAUGUAGACAAGGUCAAGCCCGCACCCCAGCCCACUGCAACGCUGUCCAUGUCAGGUCUCCCCAUAAACCCGGCGAGGAUAUCGGUGGACUCGACAAGACAAUCAAUGGAUGAAGCCAGUCACGAAGGUGCAUCCACAAGACCAUCCACCGACCUACCCAAUGGCUCUGGCUCUAUCGAUACUGAUUUGAGCGCCCGGCUGGACCAAAUGCAGGCCGAGUACUCCAAGGCAGAAGCUGAACGUAAGGAGGAGAUGCACAUGUAUCUCGAACGCAUCGAUGCUCUGCAAGCUAAAUUGACCUACUUGGCCAAUGACACUGUGGCAGCAGCAAAGAAAGCCAACGCCUCAGCAGAUUCCGGGAGUGCGGAGAAGCUUUUGGCGGAGAAAGACGAGCGAAUAGCGCUACUAAUGGAUGAAGGCGAGAAGCUGAGCAAAUCGGAGAUGAAGCAUUUGCAGACCAUCAAAACUCUUCGAUCCAAGACUGCACAAGCCGAGAAAGGCACAGCAGACCUGCAGACGAAGCUUGAACGAGCGGAGCGACUGGAAACAGAUCUCAAAUCCAAGCUCCGUCGUAGCGAAGUAGCUGAGCGACACGCGAAUGAGAAGUCGAAGCAGAUCGCCAUCAUCGAGAAACAGGUCGAUGAGCUGCGUGCAGAUCGUGAGAACGCCGCGGAGCUGGUGCGUAGUCUUACGACACAGCUUAAGGAUGCCAAGGAAAAGGCUGCGCGGACAGAAACAAAUAGCAAGGCAUCGGAAGCAGACAAGAGCAGAAUUGCCAGCCUUGAGAACGAGCUUGAGGAUGCCCAGAUCGAGAAAAGACUAGCAGAAGAUCGAGCUGCUGGCGAAAUCAAAAAGGCAAAGGACGAGGCUGAGCGGCAACGUGAGAGGUUGGCCGUACGUGAGGCAGAGUUGAAGAACGAGAUGGCUGCAAUGGAGUCACGACUUGAAGUAUGGAGAUCGCAUGCAGAAGAGGCAACCACAUUGGGUGGCAGUGCCGAUGGCGAGAGCACCGUUAAGCUCAUGCGACAGGUGGAGGUUCUUCAACAGCAGUACUCUCUUGCGCAGGGUAAUUGGGAGACUAUUGAGGGCUCACUAAACGCUAGAGUGGCCGCACUUGAAAAGGAGAGAGAUGAAGCGAGCAGGCGAGAGAUGGAUGUGAGAAAGAAGGCCCGAGACGUCGCUGCCAGGUUGCRCAAAGCUGAAGAGGAGCGAGACGAUGCUUUGGACUUGAUCAGGACUCUGGAGGAAGACGCUCGAAAUCACAAGGAAUACCUAGCUGGCCUGGAAAUCAAACUGGACAAAGCCGAACGCCUUCACAGMGACGUGAGGGCCGAUCUCGACCGCCAACGCAAAAUCUGGGAAAGUGAAUUGUCUCAACGUGUCGAGGAAGAGAAGGCUCGAUGGCGAAGGGAGAUGCUCGCCUCACCAAGAACCGAAUCUCCAACGACCUUUAGCCGCAAGGGAUCGUCGGUGGACAUACGAAAGCCAGGCAUGUCUCGUUUGACGUCUCAUGAUCUUGCAGCGCUACACACGGACAUGCGACCUAUGAGCCGCCGCAGCUCUGUCAUGCCRCAACGGAUACCUUCAUCAAGAGAGGGCAGUCCAGCGAUUAGCAGACAAGAAUCUUCAUUCUCAUUUGAUGCUCAACAGCAGCACAAUGCUAACAAUCUACCGCUAACGCCUUCCAUCGAGGUCGAAAACAGCGAGGCAGAGUACUUUGAACAUCGUAACUCUGCCUCCCCACAGCGAACUCUUGCAGAUCUUGUUAGCUCCACAUCUACCGCUGGUCCAGGGGGAGCGGGGCCCAGUGUCCAGCUUGUAGAACGCAUGAGUGCUCUAGUCAGGAAACUUGAAAGCGAGAAGGCGAGUUUCAGAGAUGAGCUUGGACGAUUAAGUAAACAGCGGGAUGCCGCAAGGAGUGAGGUUGUGGAGCUCAUGCGGGAGGUGGAGGCGAAAAGGAGUGGCGAGGGCAAAGUUGACAAACUGGAAAAGGACAUGGCCGAUCUCAAGGGAAGGUACGAUGCCAGUUUAGAGAUUCUUGGGGAGAAGGAAGAAGAAGUCGAGGAGCUUAGGAGCGAUGUUACGGAGUUGAAGAGGAUUUAUCGCGAAUUGGUUGAGGCGAAGGUCGGAGGCGAGAGUGGUAAGUAA